GCGCCUUCCGGCCCGCCCCCGCGCGGCCGCCCCUCGGACCACCGGACUGGCCUGGGGAGGGACGUGGGCGCGUGGGCGCGGCGUGCGGCACGCUGCAGGGCUGAAGCGGCGGCUGCGGUGGGGACUGCACGUAGCCCGGCGCUCGGCAUGGCUCUCCUGGUGCUCGGUCUGGUGAGCUGUGCCUUCUUUCUGGCAGUGAAUGGUCUGUAUUCCUCUAGUGAUGAUGUGAUCGAAUUAACUCCAUCAAAUUUCAACCGAGAAGUUAUUCAGAGUGAUAGUUUGUGGCUUGUAGAAUUCUAUGCUCCAUGGUGUGGUCACUGUCAAAGAUUAACACCAGAAUGGAAGAAAGCAGCAACUGCAUUAAAAGAUGUUGUCAAAGUUGGUGCAGUUGAUGCAGAUAAGCAUCAUUCCCUAGGAGGUCAGUAUGGUGUUCAGGGAUUUCCUACCAUUAAGAUUUUUGGAUCCAACAAAAACAGACCAGAAGAUUACCAAGGUGGCAGAACUGGUGAAGCCAUUGUAGAUGCUGCGCUGAGUGCUCUGCGCCAGCUGGUGAAGGAUCGCCUCGGGGGACGGAGCGGAGGAUACAGUUCUGGAAAACAAGGCAGAAGUGAUAGUUCAAGUAAGAAGGAUGUGAUUGAGCUGACAGACGACAGCUUUGAUAAGAAUGUUCUGGACAGUGAAGAUGUUUGGAUGGUUGAGUUCUAUGCUCCUUGGUGUGGACACUGCAAAAACCUAGAGCCAGAGUGGGCUGCCGCAGCUUCAGAAGUAAAAGAGCAGACGAAAGGAAAAGUGAAACUGGCAGCUGUGGAUGCUACAGUCAAUCAGGUUCUGGCCUCCCGAUACAGGAUUAGAGGAUUUCCUACAAUCAAGAUAUUUCAGAAAGGCGAGUCUCCUGUGGAUUAUGACGGUGGGCGGACAAGAUCCGACAUCGUGUCCCGGGCCCUUGAUUUGUUUUCUGAUAACGCCCCACCUCCUGAGCUGCUUGAGAUUAUCAACGAGGACAUUGCCAAGAGGACGUGUGAGGAGCACCAGCUCUGUGUUGUGGCUGUGCUGCCCCAUAUCCUUGAUACUGGAGCUGCAGGCAGAAAUUCUUAUCUGGAAGUUCUUCUGAAGUUGGCAGACAAAUACAAAAAGAAAAUGUGGGGGUGGCUGUGGACAGAAGCUGGAGCCCAGUCUGAACUUGAGACCGCGUUGGGGAUUGGAGGGUUUGGGUACCCCGCCAUGGCAGCCAUCAAUGCACGCAAGAUGAAAUUUGCUCUGCUAAAGGGCUCCUUCAGUGAGCAAGGCAUCAACGAGUUUCUCAGCUUCCCGUGGAGGAUGACAUUGACCUCAGUGAUGUGGAGCUUGAUGACUUAGGGAAAGAUGAGUUGUGAGAGCCACAACAGAGGCUUCAGACCAUUUUCUUUUCUUGGGAGCCAGCGGAUUUUUCCAGCAGUGAAGGGACAUUCUCUACACUCAGAUGACUCUACCAGUGGCCUUUUAACCAAGAAGUAGUACUUGAUUGGUCAUUUGAAAACACUGCAACAGUGAACUUUUGCAUCUCAAGAAAACAUUGAAAAAUUCUAUGAAUUGUUGUAGCCGGUGAAUUGAGUCGUAUUCUGUCACAUAAUAUUUUGAAGAAAACUUGGCUGUCGAAACAUUUUUCUCUCUGACUGCUGCUUGAAUGUUCUUGGAGGCUGUUUCUUAUGUAUGGGUUUUUUUUAAUGUGAUCCCUUCGUUUGAAUAUUAAUGGCUUUUUCCAUUAAAGAAUAAAAUAUUUUGGACAAUGCCGAUAAAUGUAUGAAGUUAGUAUCCACAUCAUAAAUUCAGAGUGAUGUUUAGCAGUAAAUCAAUAUUUUGAAGUGAUACAUAGAUGUCUUUCCUCCCCACAAACUUUUUUAAACAAAAAACAAGACCUCUUUUCUUCAGAUGGUGCCACCUAUGCCCACCACAACAGAGAUUUUACAUGGAAACCGGGCUCAGUGAGAACUGAUUUCCUGCCCAAUAUUUGUCUUUGGGCUGUCUCUAGUGACUAAUUAUUAAGGAAUCUAGCUGGUUAUACAGUUCAAGGCUUUCUAUGUUGUUAAUGAACCUCAAAAUAGCCGUUAAGACAUGAAAUACAGCAGCAGGUUACCAAUGCGAACAGGUAGUUCGCAUUUAUGUAAAACAUUCAGAAAAUGAAGUUUUGAAUUUGUUAGCACAAAGGACUUGAGAGCAUUUUAUUGUAACUUAAAAAAAUAAAUACAACUGUCACUAA